AUGGCGUCUCGUCCUGAGCUGAAGGUCGACGAUGAGGUCGGGUUUAUUAAAUUCUUCCGCUCAUUAGACUCCGAAGACGAGUCAACAGUGCGAGUGUUUGACCGUGGCGACUGGUAUACUGCCCACGGUGCAGAUGCAGAGUAUAUUGCUCGCACAGUCUACAAAACUACAUCUGUUAUACGGACCCUGGGGCGAAGUGACAGCGGCCUGGCCUCAGUGACAUUGUCGGUCACCGUAUUUCGAUCCUUUUUACGAGAAGCCCUUUUCCGUCUAAAUAAGCGAGUGCAGAUAUGGGCGUCACAAGGCGGUGCUUCAGGCAGAGGCUGGAAGCUGGCAAAGCAGGCCAGCCCGGGAAAUCUACAAGAUGUAGAGGAGGAACUAGGAGGAGCUUCCGGAGGGAAUGCAAUGGAUACCGCACCUAUUAUCCUCGCUGUGAAAGCUGCUACUAAGGCCAAGGAGAUGAGACAUGUUGGCGUAUGCUUUGCAGAUGCAAGUGUGCGCGAACUAGGAGUCAGCGAGUUCGUUGAUAACGACCUCUAUUCCAAUUUUGAGUCUCUCCUUAUCCAACUGGGAGUAAAAGAGUGUUUGAUAACCACGGAAGGACAGAAGAAGGAUGUUGAACUAGCAAAGCUGAGGCAGAUUGCUGACAGCUGCGGCGUGGCUAUUACAGAACGGCCGGUCAGUGCCUUUGGCACCAAGGAUAUUGAGCAGGACCUAUCAAGGUUGUUGAAGGACGAGACUGGACCUGCCAUGCUACCGCAAACAGAACUCAAAUUGGCUAUGGGUUCUGCUUCAGCUUUGAUUAGCUACCUUAACGCAAUGUCCGACCCGUCCAACUUUGGUCAAUACCAGCUCUAUAAGCAUGACCUGGCACAGUACAUGAAACUUGAUGCAUCUGCUCUCCGGGCGUUGAAUCUAAUGCCUGGACCCCGGGAUGGUAUGAAAAACAUGAGUCUUUAUGGGCUGCUUAAUCACUGCAAGACACCCGUUGGAGGCCGCUUGCUGGCUCAAUGGCUGAAACAACCACUGAUGAACCAUAAGGAUAUUGAGAAACGGCAACAGCUAGUCGAGGCAUUUGUCACAGACACGGAACUGAGACAGACCAUGCAAGAGGACCACCUUCGAUCCAUACCGGAUCUAUACAGGCUGGCUAAACGGUUCCAGCGAGGAAAAGCCAAUCUAGAAGAUGUUGUUCGUAUCUAUCAAGUGGUCAUACGUAUCCCUGGCUUUAUAAAUUCGUUUGAAGGAGUGAUGGACGAGCAGUAUCAAACGCCACUGGAUGCAGAAUAUACUACCAAGCUACGGAAGCUCUCACAAGAUUUAGGGAAGCUAACUGAGAUGGUCGAGACGACAGUGGAUCUUGAUGCUCUGGACAACCACGAGUUCAUCAUCAAACCCGAAUUUGACGAUAGUUUGCGGAUAAUCCGGAAGAAGCUUGACAAGUUGAGGCACGAUAUGGACUCUGAGCAUAGGAGAGUUGGUCGUGAUCUCGGCCAAGAUACGGAGAAGAAGCUCUUCCUUGAAAAUCACCGAGUGCACGGCUGGUGCUUCAGGUUGACCCGAAAUGAAGCCGGCUGCAUUCGCAAUAAGAGAGAGUACCAGGAGUGCUCGACGCAAAAGAAUGGAGUAUAUUUCACAACUUCAACUAUGCAGGCACUACGACGAGAGCACGACCAGCUCUCAAUGAACUAUAACCGGACGCAGACGGGGCUUGUCAGCGAGGUUGUCAAUGUUGCAGCCUCUUACUGCCCCCUACUCGAGCAGCUAGCUGGCAUUCUAGCGCACCUCGAUGUAAUAGUGAGCUUUGCCCAUGUAUCCGCACACGCCCCAACGGCAUAUGUGAGACCGAAGAUUCACCCUCGAGGAACGGGUAACACCAUCCUCAAGGAAGCCCGUCACCCGUGCAUGGAAAUGCAGGACGACAUAACCUUCAUUACCAACGAUGUCUCUUUGAUCAGGGACGAAUCCUCCUUUUUGAUCAUCACCGGCCCCAACAUGGGCGGCAAGUCUACGUACAUCAGACAAAUAGGGGUUAUAGCACUCAUGGCGCAGACCGGGUGUUUUGUUCCCUGUUCAGAGGCAGAGCUUACAAUAUUUGAUAGCAUCUUGGCCAGAGUCGGUGCCAGUGAUUCCCAGUUAAAGGGUGUAUCAACUUUCAUGGCGGAGAUGCUUGAGACCGCAAAUAUUCUGAAGUCAGCAACGUCGGAGUCUCUUAUCAUAAUCGACGAGCUGGGUCGAGGAACAAGCACGUAUGACGGCUUUGGACUUGCAUGGGCGAUAUCAGAGCACAUCGUGACUGAGAUCAAAUGCUUCAGCUUAUUCGCUACCCAUUUCCAUGAGCUUACGGCGCUCGAGGAGCGGUACCCUAAGGCCGUGAGCAAUCUGCAUGUAGUAGCCUUCAUCGGUGACGGGCCAGCAACAGACGAAAAGCAGCAGAAGAAGAAGCAAGAAGUCACGCUGUUAUACCGAGUUGAACCCGGUGUCUGUGAUCAGUCCUUUGGCAUCCACGUCGCUGAGCUGGUCAGGUUCCCAGACAAGGUCGUCAACAUGGCUCGCCAGAAGGCAGAGGAGCUUGAGGACUUUACUUCUUCGGGAGCUAAUGGAGAUGGCAAGCAAAAGACUGCGGCAGCGGUGGAGAAGUUCACUGCCGAGGAGGUCGCGGAGGGCAAUGCGCUGCUGAAGGCGAUGCUGGUCAAGUGGAAGGCCGAAGUCGAGGCUCCAGGCAACGAGAAGAUGAGCGUAGAAGAGAAGAAGCAGCGGCUACGGGAGCUUGUGGCGGCGGAUGAGAAGCUACAGGCCAACAAGGUCUUUUUGGAUAUCAAGGCUUUAUAG